AUUUUUUGACAUUGACAGAUAUGCAUGCAGCAGAUAUCGUUUGGCGGGGAUCAGCUGUAUUGAAUUUGAAAUAAUUUUGUAAACAAAUAAUCAUGAAAUUACAAUGCCAAAUCGAAGUUAUCAACAGACUGUACAGCGCCUUAAACAUAAGAUCAAGCGGAAAAUAUUUAAAAUCAACUAUCGCAAUAGGAAAAGAACCUAAAUGUGAAACUGAAUAUUUCAUCUUACUUUUCUCUACUACCAAUAAAACUGGAACAAAAUAUCGUGUAAAGAGUAUCAAACAAGUGUUUGUUAAGUGUAUAAACGAAGGCAAAGCAACUAUACGCUUUGAAGAGCCGCCGCAUGACUUGUGUUUGAAGAGUGAACCUAUACAAUUGAAAUGUUUUAUGAGGUUGUUAAAAUCGUGCCUGACUGGAGACACGAAGAACGUUCAACUGGCGCCUUUAUCAAGUUUAAGUGUAACUCAUAAGGAUACAGCUCCCACGAAGCUGGUAAUACGGGAUCGGAGUGAAUUCCCUAUUAAGGGAUUGCCAAGAACAUUAGAAUCUCUGUACAUUAAUGGAUUGAACUUGUGCAACUUUAGAAGAGACAUCCUUCUGUUGAAACAGCUUGUUGUACUUGAUCUCAGUAAUAAUGCCAUAGAGAAAAUUCCUCCAGAGUUUGGAAGAAUGCCGAAUUUAUGUGAAUUGUUUCUGUCUAACAAUCAACUGGGGGUAAAAGGAGAAGUGGACUGGAGAUGGUUGAUGGGACCCCAGAUCACAAACAAGCUGAAACUAUUAGAUAUAAGUGGAAAUAAAUUAGGACAUUUACCAAAGUCAAUAUGGAAGCUACAAAAACUAGUUACUUUGAAAUUGGAUAAUAAUAUGCUGGAUAAACUCCCAACAACACUGGGUCGAAUAAGUAGUUUAAGGUAUCUUACAAUGACCCAGAAUGAACUAACAUCCCUACCAUGCGGUUUACUGCAGUGCCGUUUGGAAUACAUAGACCUUUCAGAAAAUAAACUUGAUGUCAAUGAAACACCACCUGAACCCAGUAAACACACUCCUUGGGACUUUUAUAUUGGCAGCUUAGUAGAUUUAGCUUCAAAAGCAGUACUAAGAAAUAAAAUCUACUAUGCAGCUAAUAUUAUACCAUGGACAUUAGUGGAGUUUCUUGAUAACGCCAACAUGUGUAUCUGUGGUGCACCAGUUGUGAAUAACUUAUUUUACAUGAAUAAGGAAUUUCAAUUAAAAGACUAUUUCCGAGUUGUUGUCUUCAAUAGUAAUAGAAAAAGUACAGUUACAUUCCAAUGCUAUUUCUGUUCACCUAAAUGUUUUAAUAGAUGAUGUUGUAUUGUAAUGAAGAAAAUAAUUUAAUGAUUUGAAUAAAAUAUUUAUUGAUA